AUGUUUGGCAUGUUCCAACGACCAACUGCUGCUGUUGCGGCAGUAAGAGCGGAGAUGGACGCCGACAGGAAAAUCGGUAACAAUUCCCAAGACAGGGAAACAUCCGUUCAGAUCGUGGACUCUCAGGAAGAGAACAAUCUCCAAAGAGCUUUGGGUCAACGCCAUAUCCAGAUGAUCGCUCUGGCAGGCGCAAUUGGUACUGGACUUUUUCUCAGUCUUGGAGGCGCUCUCCAGACAGGAGGUCCACUAGGGGCAUUGAUCGGAUACGCUUUCGUGGGCCUCGUCGUCUGUGCAGUCCAAUUCGCCCUCGGAGAAACAUCAGCUCUGUUCCCGGUCACUGGGUCGUUUGUUAGACAUGCCGAGUUGAUCGUAGACCCAGCUCUUGGUUUCGCUGUUGGAUGGAAUGUUGUUUACGGAACCUACCUCAGCGUCCCAUCUGAGAUAUCUGCAGCCCUCGUCCUCAUUCAGUUUUGGACGGACAAGUACCCGGCGCUCUGGAUCACUCUCUUCAUCAUCGUGACGUUCAUCGUCGGCAUUGUCUUCGUUGGCGUCUACGGCGAAGUCGAAUUCUGUUUCGCACUUCUCAAGAUUCUCCUUGUGAUCGGGAUUAUCAUAAUGGGCCUCGUGAUCGAUCUCGGCGGAGUACCUGGUCAAGAAAGGCUCGGGUUUAGAUAUUGGAAAAAUCCUGGACCCUUCGUGGCCUAUAUCGCGAAGGGCCAUUGGGGCCAAUUCCUUGGAUUCUGGAAAGUCAUGACCAACGCCGUCUAUUCCUUCGCCGGUGUGGAAAGUGUAUCUGUCGCAGCAGCCGAAACGAAGAGUCCCCGACAGAAUAUUCCUAAGGCCUGUAAGAAAGUGUUCGCCAGGGUUGCGAUAUUCUAUCUUCUCUCGGUAUUGAUUGUCGGCAUGCUGGUACCAAGCAAUGACGAUACGCUUAACAACGAUGCUGGAAAUGCAUCGACUAGUCCAUUUGUCACGGCUGCUACCCGGGCUGGAAUCCAAGUCGUUCCAUCGAUCAUCAAUGCCGUUGUUCUCACGUCUGCUUGGUCGGCGUCGAAUCAAUCUCUGCUUACAGGAACCCGAAUCCUUUACGGACUGGCACUCAAGAAGCACGCGCCUCAGGUAUUCCUGCGAACUACAUCUUGGGGGAUUCCGUGGGUAUGUGUUUUGUUGCAGACAACCAUCUCUACACUAGCUUUUAUGAGUCUUUCCAACGGGGCUUUGACCGUCUUCUAUUGGUUCCUCAACCUUACAGCUGCAGGUACCUUGGUAAGUUGGAGCGUUAUUCUGGUCAACCACAUUCGACUUCACCAAGCUCUAAAGGUGCAGGGCAUCGCUCGAGAAGAGCUCCCUUGGUCGCAUUGGUGGACACCAUAUACCUCAUGGGUUGCUCUUGUCUCGAGCAUUCUUUUCCUGCUCACAGGUGGCUUUACGGUCUUCGUCAAGGGUCGAUGGAAUACAGCGACGUUUAUAUCCUCGUAUCUCGAUAUUCCAAUUGUAAUUUUUGCUUAUUUCGGCUGGAAAUUCUUCAAGGGGACUAAGAUCCUGAGCUUGGAGUCUAUUCCUAUCCGCCAAGCACUCGAUGAGAUGAAUGACAGCCCGGAAGAGCCCAUGCUGCCAACCACUGGAUGGAAGCGGUUGAAUAUAUUUUGGGGAUGA